CGGACGUUGGGACGCCGCCGACGUGGCUGCUCGGGCCGCGGGGUGGGAUUGUGCCCGGCGGCCGGCGCUGAGCCGCGCGCUCCGCCCUCUGGAUUAAGGAGCGCUCUCCGCGGUCACUUUGAGUGACAGGCCAGCUAAUCUGAGUACCCUGAAGUGCUGGACUGGGCCAGUGUGAGCUGUCACAACAGAUGAUGGAACGAAUAAACUGGCACUUAUUAGGUGCUUACUGUUGUCAAUCACUGGGCCUUUGACAAACUAGUUGAUUUGUACAGCCACUGAAGACAAAAAUAAGAUCUCUCUUCGGUCCAAGGUAUAAUGUGUCAUUCAAGACCUCUCUCUACUGCAUAUUCGGCUAUCGUUUAGGAACGCCACGCUGAAAGUCAUAAUACCAAAUGGAUCCAUAGUUUCUUGGACCCGCCCUAAGGAUUCCGUGCUGCUCCUCGCCGCCCUCGGUUUCGAGGGACAGAGACGAACGCUUUCCAGCCUUUUCCAACAAGCGUUUUUACCAACUCGUAGCCAGGCUCCAGGCGCUCUAGAACUAGUCCCAGUGUGACGUCCGCCAGUGCCAGCCCUUCUCGGCCGGGAAAGGCGAGCCCGCCCAACCCGCCAGGGAGCGGCGUCGGCGUCUGUUUCCCCCGAGGACUGAAGUUACAAACAGCCCAGGAGAUAGCUGGUGCGCACUUUCGCGGAAGGAAACACAAAACUCCGCGCGGAAACUAAAGACUCCAAGCGGAAAAGCUAGCACGGGCUCGCGGAACGAUCGCCAGACGCCUCGUUUUGUCCCUUUCGCGCACCGUCCGGAGGAAAUUUACACGCUCAGCCCUGCGCAGGAGCGGGACUUCCGGUCCGUCAGGCUUCCGGUGGAGCAGCAGGGCGUUCCGGCUUUUGGUUCCGGGAAACGGCACGUGUCGGGCUCUUGUCUUGCGGGCGGUUGGGUCCGCCGCGGGCAAAUCCAUCUGCGUCGGGUUCCGGUCCAGGCGCGGAGCAGACGGCCUCCGCGGGAGCUGAGGUCUUCACGUGGGUCCGCCAUGGACUACCGGCGGCUGCUGAUGAGCAGGGUGGUUCCCGGGCAGUUCGACGACGCGGAGUCCUCGGGCAGUGAAAACAUCGACUUGACGAUAGUCAAAGAGGAGGACAACAUCCCGGCUGAAGAGCUUCAGCAUCCUGUGACCGAGAAGAAAGGUGAAGGUGUGACAGAUGAGGAAGAAGAGGAUUACGACGAUGAUGAUGAUUGGGACUGGGAUGAUGGUGUUGGAAGACUCACCAAGAGUUAUACCUGGCAUGGAGGGUGUAACUCACAGGCCAAUCGGCAGACUUCCAGCUGCAGUGCGGCUAAAAUGUCUACUCCGGCAGACAAGGUCUUACGGAAAUUCGAGAAUAAAAUUAAUCUAGAUAAGCUAAACGUUACCGAUUCUGUCAUGAAUAAAGUCACCGAAAAGUCUAGACAGAAGGAUGCAGAUAUGUGUCGCAUCAAAGAUAAGGCAGACAGAGCCACUGUAGAACAGGUGUUGGAUCCCAGAACGCGAAUGAUUUUAUUCAAGAUGUUGACUCGAGGGAUCAUAUCCGAGAUAAAUGGCUGCAUCAGCACAGGAAAAGAAGCUAAUGUGUACCAUGCUAGCACGCCAGAUGGGGAGAGCAGAGCAGUCAAGAUUUACAAAACUUCUAUCUUGGUGUUCAAGGAUCGGGAUAAGUACGUGAGUGGGGAAUUCAGAUUUCGUCAUGGCUAUUGUAAAGGAAACCCUAGAAAAAUGGUGAAAACUUGGGCAGAAAAGGAAAUGAGGAACUUGAUCAGGCUGAACACAGCAGAGAUACCAUGUCCAGAGCCGAUCAUGCUGAGAAGCCACGUUCUCGUCAUGGGCUUCAUUGGGAAAGAUGACAUGCCUGCACCGCUCUUGAAAAAUGCCCAGCUGUCAGAAUCCAAGGCUCGGGAGUUGUACCUGCAGGUCAUUCAGUACAUGAGAAGGAUGUACCAGGAUGCCAGGCUCGUCCAUGCCGAUCUCAGCGAAUUUAACAUGCUGUACCACGUUGGGGGCGUGUUCAUCAUCGACGUUUCUCAGUCUGUGGAGCAUGACCACCCCCACGCCUUGGAGUUCCUGAGGAAAGACUGCGCCAACGUCAACGAUUUCUUCUUGAAGCAUGGCGUGGCCGUCAUGACUGUGCGAGAACUCUUUGAAUUCGUCACAGACCCGUCCAUUACCCAAGAGAACCUGGAUGCUUACCUCUCGAAGGCCAUGGAAAUAGCAUCUCAGAGGACCAAGGAAGAAAGGUCUAGUCAAGACCAUGUGGAUGAAGAGGUGUUCAAGCGAGCGUACAUUCCCAGGACCUUGAAUGAAGUAAAGAAUUACGAGAGGGAUGUGGAUAUCAUAAUGAAGCUGAAGGAAGAGGACAUGGCCCUGAAUGCUCAGCAGGACAACAUACUGUACCAGACCGUCACAGGAUUGAAGAAAGACCUGUCCGGAGUUCAGAAGGUCCCAGCACUCCUGGAAAAGCAAGUGGAGGCGAAGACUGGUUCUGAUUCGGAAGAUGCCGGAAGCUCUGAGUGCUCUGACACCGACUCUGAAGACGCGGGGGACCACGUCCGCUCCAGGAAGCACGCCACUGACCCUGACGUUGAUAAAAAGGAAAGGAAGAAGGUGGUCAAAGAAGCCCAGCGAGAGAAAAGGAAAAACAAAAUUCCGAAACAUGUGAAAAAAAGAAAGGAGAAGACAGCCAAGACGAAAAAAGGCAGAUAGAACGGGGACCGCAUGACAUCCGGUCGCUUUCCGUCGGGGCUUUUCUUAGCUGAACUCCGAGCGUCAUCUGGGAAAGGGCUUACCAACUGUAACUGGUGUGCCGCACAGCGCUGUCUCCGAAGGCUCCUUGUAGGUUUCCAUGUAAUUAUGUAAAAAGCUCUACACCCUGGCGUUACAGCCAGUCACCACCGACUGCUAUUAACAGAGGGUUUAUUUAAGCUAUUUUAUAUCUUUUUUUUUUCUUCUUUUUUAGUUUUGCUACAGGGUGUGUGCACUUGCUGGAGAGAGAAGGAAAGUGACAAAGCACCAUGGGGAUUGGUC